AUGAAUCAUAAAGAUUGUAAUGAUGAAGAGAUAAUACCAGUUAAAUACAAGUCAUCAAGAGAGGUGGGUAUAAAGAAUACACUUGAUUGUACAAUACUAGUUUAUGUAUCAUCACAAGAGUUUGCAAAUUCAAUUGGUAUUGAUGGAAGGAUAACAUCUGAUCAGCAACAUAGUCAUCAUAGUCAGCAUAGUCAACAACAACAAAACAAGAUUAAUAAGAAAGUUGAAUUUGUACCUAUACUACCUCAAGAUCAUCUUAUGUUCUUUAUGGGUGAUAAUGAGUAUGCCUACAUACAAGUAUUCUCAAAUGAUCCUUAUCCUCGAUUCCUAUUCAACCGAGUGAUUAGAACUGGAUUUACACUAUCUGUAUUACCACUUCAUUUGACUGCUGCAAAAUCAGCAUUCAAGAGUAAUGAUCCUACUGCACUACAAUCAACAACACAUCAUUCUUCUUCUUCUUCUUUUUGGAAUUGUAUAGAAUCAUGGAGUAGGUCAUCUCCAAUCCAAAUAUCAAAUCCAAGUAUUCCAAUUGCAUUUUCAUUUGGUGUACUAACAAUGUACCUUGUAAAUAAACUUGUAAAAUAA